CAAGUGGGAUCCGUACGAGAUGUUUUCUUUCAAGGCGGCGACAUCGGCUGGAAUCAGCGUGAGAUUUGAUUUGAUCAGUGGAGUUGGAGAAUCUCGGAGACGAGUAUGGAGUCUGACUCCGACGAAGGCCAACACCGUGUGCGACUGAGCCAGAGGCUGGAGUGGUCUGAUGUUACUCCAGUUCCGCAAGACGAUGGCCCAAAUCCCGUGGUGCCUAUUGCCUACACCCAAGAGUUUACAGAAGUUAUGGACUAUUUCCGAGCCGUCUACCUAGCCGACGAGCGCUCCCCUCGCGCCCUUAGCCUGACCGCUGAAGCCAUUGGGUUCAAUUCUGGCAAUUACACUGUGUGGCAUUUUCGGCGUCUGUUACUUGAAUCACUGAGCACCGACCUUCAUAAUGAAUUGGAUUUUUUGGAACGUAUAUCCGAGGGCAACUCCAAAAACUAUCAGAUAUGGCAUCAUAGGCGAUGGGUUGCUGAAAAAUUAGGACCUGAAUCUGCAAACACAGAGCUUGAGUUCACCAAGAAGAUAUUGUCUAUUGAUGCGAAACAUUACCAUGCAUGGUCUCAUCGUCAGUGGAUUCUUCAGGCACUGGGAGGAUGGGAAUACGAGCUUAACUAUUGUCGCGAGCUUCUUGAAGAAGACAUCUUUAACAAUUCUGCUUGGAAUCAGAGAUAUUUUGUCAUCACAAGAUCUCCCAUAUUAGGGGGGCUGGAAACUACGAGAGAAUCUGAAGUGCUUUACACCGUUGAAGCCAUUUUGGCCCACCCGGAGAAUGAAAGCUCGUGGAGAUAUCUUCGAGGACUUUACAGAGGUGAAGCCACCUUGUGGGUGAAUGACCGUCGAGUUUCCCAAGUAAUCUUAAAGAUUUUGAGGUCAAAGAGAAACUAUUUGUUCGCUCUGAGCACCCUUUUGGAUCUUCUCUGCCACGGUCUCCAAGCUAACCCAGACUUUAGAGAUGCUGUGGAGGCUUUAAAGACGUCGGAUUUAGAUUAUCACGAUAACGAUUUAGCAACAACUGUUUGUUCAAUCCUGGAACACGUAGAUCCACUUAGAGCCAACUAUUGGAAUUGGCGUAAAUGCAUGCUUCCUCACGCACCUAACUCAACAUGAAAGCAGCGAGGUGACAAGCUAAUGUGAUUUGUAGUUUGUAUUUGAUAAAUUGGCUCUGAUCAUAAUUGUCAUCUUUUGCGAUAUUGGUACAAAGUCCCUUUUAUUAAAUUGAAUGCUAUCAUUGAAGAUGAUUUUUCUGAGUGAA